CAUAGACAACGCUGCUGGAGGUCUGCCUCCAGAGCGCAUAAGAGAGAAAGAGAGACAGAGAGUGGGCGAGGGGGAUAGAGAGAGAGAGAGAUGCGUUCCUGUAUGGCACAUUGGUUCAGGCUACUUUUCUAACGACGAAACAGUCAACCUGUGGAUAGCAGCGCGUGGAGUGAGGAUAUUCAAGUCGCGAGCUAGGCUGUCACCGCUGCGGACACCCCACCCCCCACCUCCCCAGCUCAAGCCGCUGAAAUCAAGGAUGCACCGGCUGCGACCUGCUCCCAUUUAAUUCAUGAAAGGAGAGGGACCGACGCCAAGUCUGGGGGCGCGCGCCGAGCCCGCUUUAUGAAUGGCCCGAACAUGGAGGAAAUUCCGUUUGAAAGAGUCCAGACCCGGAAGGAGGGUCACUGUCCGGCCGCCACCGGUACAACCAUCGCUGCCAUUGCGUGCGAGGACGAGUUCGAGAGCAAAGAGCUCGAGACGCUCUUCCAAAAUUACAACCUGAAGCUGGAGCAGACCGCGACGCUCAAAGCCCUCGCGGUGCUCAUCGUGGCCGCCUCGUCGCUCGCGCUGAUGGAGCUUCUGUCAGGUCCCCGGCUCACCGUGUCCAAGGGCUCUCACCCGGUGCACUGCGUAGUGUUCGUCUCUCUCUUCAUAGUCACCAACGUCAAGUACCUGCAAGUGACGCAGCUGCAGCAGAUCGCCAAACUCGCGCUGCUCUUCAGCUUCACCUUCGCGCUCCUCUGCUGCCCGUUCCCCCUAGCGCUUGGCGCCGCCGGCGUCGGGGCUCCCGCCGCACCGGAGCAAGGUGUGUGGCAGCUCAUGCUGGUCACUCUCGUGGCGUACGUGCUGCUCCCGGUGAGGACGCUGCUCGCGGUGCUGUUUGGUAUGAUGGUGGCCGUUUCCCACUUCAUCGUCACAGCGACAUCAGUCACGGCCAGAAAACACAAGCUCUGGAGACCGCUGGUGGCCAACGCUGUACUGUUCACCAGUGUCAACCUGUCUGGAGUCUUUGUCAGGGUGCUGACUGAGCGUGCUCAAAGGAAGGUCUUUCUGCAGGCUAGGAGCUGCAUAGAGGAAAGGCUACGGCUAGAGGAUGAGAAUGAGAAGCAGGAGCGCCUCCUGAUGAGCCUGUUGCCCAGGAACGUUGCCAUGGAGAUGAAGGAGGACUUCCUGAAGCCGCCCGAGAGGAUCUUUCAUAAGAUCUACAUCCAGCGUCAUGACAACGUCAGUAUCCUGUUCGCAGACAUCGUGGGGUUUACCAGUCUGGCGUCUCAGUGUACUGCCCAGGAACUGGUCAAACUGCUCAACGAACUCUUCGGGAAGUUUGACGAGCUGGCCACAGAGAACCACUGUAGGCGUAUAAAGAUCCUGGGGGACUGUUACUACUGUGUGUCAGGUCUGACCCAACCCAAGGCAGACCAUGCACACUGCUGUGUAGAGAUGGGCCUGGACAUGAUCGACACUAUCACGUCUGUGGUGGAGGCUACGGAGGUGGAUCUGAACAUGCGUGUGGGUCUGCACACGGGCCGGGUACUCUGUGGGGUUCUGGGACUCCGGAAGUGGCAGUAUGAUGUCUGGUCCAAUGAUGUCACUCUGGCCAACGUGAUGGAGGCAGGAGGACUGCCUGGUAAGGUCCACAUAACCAGGACUACUCUAGAGUGUUUGAAUGGAGACUAUGAGGUGGAGCCUGGCUUUGGUCAUGAUAGACACGCCUUCCUACAGAAACACAACAUCGAGACCUUCUUCAUAAUACCCUCCCAUAGGCGCAAGAUCUUCCCAGGGUUGAUCCUGUCGGAUAUCAAGCCAGCCAAGAAGAUGAAGUUUAAGACAGUGUGCUACCUGCUGGUUCAGCUCAUGCACUGUAGGAAGAUGUUCAAGGCGGAGAUCCCCUUCUCUAACGUCAUGACCUGCGACGACGACGACAAGAGGCGUGCGUUGCGGACGGCAUCGGAGAAGGUGCGUAGCCGGACGUCGUUCUCGGGUGCCGUGCAGCACCCGCCUGGUACACGGGUCAACCGCUACAUCGGCCGGCUAAUCGAGGCUCGUCAGACAGACUCACAGACCACUGACCUCAACUUCAUCACACUCACCUACAGGAACACAGACAGGGAGCGCAGGUAUAACCUGGAGUAUGAUGGUAAUUUCAUCAGCGCAGUGAUAGUCUCUCUGGUCCUCGCUGCUCUCUUUGGCCUUAUCUAUCUUCUGAUGAUACCACAGGGACUGUUGGUGCUGCUGUUGCUGAUACUGUGUGUGUGCUUCCAUGUGGUCUGUGUGAUGUACAUUUACAUCACAAGUGUUCAGUGUUUUCCAGGGUGUCUCACCAUUCAGAUCCGAACUGUGCUCUGUGUGGUUCUAGUCCUGCUGACCUACUCUGUCACCCAAGCCUGUGUGGUGAGCUGCUUACCCUGGGUCUGGAUGAUGGGAGGUAACUCCAGUAGCAGCUCCGUGGAGACUGUUUCCAUGGAUACGCCGGGCGAGCCACGGCUGGGGCCAGUGAAUGGUACGGUAGCGGAGGGGGUGUGUCCGAGCGUUUCCUAUGCUCUCCUCUCCUGCGUGGCCGGAACUCUUACCGUUGUCCCUUACCUCCGCGUCUCCUCGUUACCCAAGAUCCUCCUGCUCUUCCUUCUCUCGGUCCUCUACACCAUCGCCAUGGAGACCAGCGGGUACCGCAUCGCCGUGGGGGGAGGUUUGCUCCACCCUCGGGGGUAUGAUCCUGUGCUGGGUCUCCUGUUGUUUGCUGUAGCUCUGGCUCUACACUGUAGACAACUGGACCUCAAACUACGUCUAGACUACCUGUGGGCCACUCAGGCAGAGGAGGAGAGAGGCGACAUGGAGAAAGUCAAGCUGGACAACAAGAGGAUCCUGUUCAAUCUCCUACCUGCACACGUAGCUCAGCACUUCCUCAUGUCCAACCCCCGCAACAUGGACCUGUACUACCAGUCGUAUAGUCAGGUAGGAGUGCUGUUUGCCUCCAUCGCUAAUUUCAAUGACUUCUACAUCGAGCUGGACGGCAACAACAUGGGAGUGGAGUGUCUCAGGCUGCUCAACGAGAUCAUUGCAGACUUUGACGAGCUGAUGGAUAAAGAGUGCUAUAAGGACAUUGAGAAGAUCAAAACUAUCGGCAGCACAUACAUGGCUGCAGUAGGCCUGGUGCCUACCACUGGCUCCAAGGCUAAGAAGUCCACCUCCUCACACUUAUGCACAGUGGCAGAUUUUGCUGUUGAGAUGUUUGAUGUACUGGAUGCCAUCAACUACCAGUCUUACAACGACUUUGUCUUGAGAGUGGGUAUUAACGUGGGUCCAGUGGUAGCAGGAGUGAUUGGAGCGCGGAGGCCUCAGUAUGAUAUCUGGGGGAACACAGUCAACGUGGCCAGCAGGAUGGACACCACCGGACUACCGGGCAAGAUACAGGUGACAGAAGAUGUGCAGCGCAUCAUCAAGGGUCACUAUGACUUUGUGUGUCGCGGCAAAGUCAGCGUCAAGGGCAAAGGACAGAUGCUCACCUACUUCCUGGAGGGGCGGAUCCCCGGCAGGGGGUCACAGCACCAGCCCAGGAACCUGGAUCGUUCCCGGACAAGUCCGUUCAACCGUUCAACCAUUAGCAACAUCUGCACCAAACUGAGCCCUGCCCCCAACGUGACCCCCUAUGCCACGAUGCGAAACCUCACCCCCGGCACGGCCUCUGCAGCAACCACCUCCACCAACAGCACCAUCCUCUACCUGCCCUCUGUGGCUGUUCCCACGGUGAUGGGGGUGUGAGUGAGUGGCUGACAUGGAGACUGACUCCAUAGUGACCAAGGAAUCCUCCUUGACAGAUAGAGAGUAGAGAUCAAGAGAGAGAUAGAGUGGAGCAGAUAGAAAGGGACUGAAAGUGAGAUAAGAGUAGAGAUCAAGAGAGAGAUAGAGUGGAGCAGAUAGAAAGGGACUGAAAGUGAGAGUGAAAUAGGGAUGAGAAAGAAGAAGCGGGUUCCACUUUACUGGACUUUCACUAGGUCCCCCUCUCAGAGAGAAUGUGGUUCCACGGUACAGACAGACAGAUAAAUAGUCCUGGACCCAGUCCUUUCUCUCUCUGUGAGGAGAUGGAACUCAAGGAUUUUGGUGACUGGCCAGCCGGGCUAGCAGACCACAAUUUCUUCUAGUCAAAGAUAAAAAAUCUGUACCAUGCAAAUUUCACUCGCAUUACAUUGUUUUCAUCUUACUUUACCUAGAAAUUCCUUUCUCCUUAUGUAACCAUUCCUUCACCUUAUCUAACCUAACCAUUCCUUUACCUUACCUAACCUAACCAUUCAUUCACCUUACCUUACCUUACCUUACCUUACCUUACCUUACCUUACCUUACCUUACCUUUCCUUUCCUUUCCUUUCCU